AAGACUGUGUAUCUCGACAAUGACGAUUGUCGCCCCACCGAGAGAGCUGAACAAGAGCAUCAUGAUGACGAUUUUGAGCCGUUGAUAGUAACUGAGUUGCCGCAGGACAUGUUUAAGAAGCGCAAGUUGGUGGAUAAUUCAACUUCAAGAAGUGCCAGGCAUUUUAAAAGCCCACUGUUCCGUAACUCUCAAGCUGUAGGGGAACCAGUGAAAGAUCAACAAAGAAUUACAUCAUUGACUGAAAGCAAUUCAGAGAGAAAUGAUAAAGUGACAACAGCUAAUCAAAGGACUCAGAAAUGCAAACAAACAAUUAACAGUUCAGCUUCCAAAUGGAAUGACUACUUAACUGAUGACAACUUAGAAUUUGGUUUCAAGAGAGGCUUUAACUCUAAGGACACUUCAGGCUCAUGGAACAGUGACAUUUUAGAAGCCAUAACUUGUGAGCAAAGAGUAGAAGAUGAUAUCCACACUGAUUAUAAGCCAUAA